AUGGCCACCGAGCGCGAGAGCAAGACGUUCCUCGCCAGACUGUGCGAGCAGGCUGAGCGCUACGAUGAGAUGGUCAGCUUCAUGAAGGAAGUUGCCAAGCUUGAGGGCGAGCUCUCCGUCGACGAGCGCAACCUCCUCUCCGUCGCCUACAAGAACGUGGUCGGCACCCGCCGUGCCUCCUGGCGAAUCAUCUCCAGCAUCGAGCAGAAGGAGGAGGCCAAGGGCUCGGACAAGCAUGUCGGCAUCAUCCGCGAGUACCGCCAGAAGAUUGAGCUCGAGCUCGAGAAGGUGUGCCAGGAUGUCCUCGAUGUCCUCGACGACAGCUUGAUCCCCAAGGCUGAGAGCGGCGAGAGCAAGGUCUUCUAUCACAAGAUGAAGGGCGACUACCACCGUUACCUUGCCGAGUUCGCUUCCGGCGAGAAGCGUAAGGGUGCUGCGACCGCUGCGCAUGAAGCUUACAAGAGCGCCACCGACGUUGCUCAGACCGAGCUCACCCCCACCCACCCGAUCCGUCUUGGCCUGGCCCUCAACUUCUCCGUGUUCUACUACGAGAUCCUCAACUCGCCCGACCGCGCGUGCCACCUCGCCAAGCAGGCCUUCGACGAUGCGAUUGCUGAGCUUGACAGCCUGUCUGAGGAGUCCUACCGCGACAGCACUCUCAUCAUGCAACUUCUCCGUGACAACCUUACCCUGUGGACAUCUUCCGAUGGUGGUGAGCCCGAGGCUGCUUCUGGCGAGCCAAAGGCCGACAAGGAGGCACCAGCUGCGCUCCCGACCGAGGAGAAGCCUGCUACGGAGGCCGAGCCGGCCGCCGCCACCUAA